GGAGGGACGGGCGGACGGGAGGAAGGAGGGAGGGAAGGGAAGGGAGGAGGCAGCAGCGGCAGCAGCAGCAGAAGCAGCAGCAGCGCUCGUUCCUGCGGCCGCCAUGGUGGAUUACCACAGCGCUGGGCAGCCCUACCCCUACGGCGGCAACGGGCCCGGCCCCAACGGCGACUACAUGGCCCAGGAGGACGACUGGGACCGCGACCUCCUCCUCGAUCCCGCCUGGGAGAAGCAGCAGCGAAAGACGUUCACGGCUUGGUGCAACUCCCACCUGCGGAAGGCCGGCACGCAGAUCGAGAACAUCGACGAGGAUUUCCGCGACGGCCUCAAGCUCAUGCUGCUGCUGGAGGUGAUUUCAGGCGAGCGAUUGCCGAAACCGGAGCGGGGUAAAAUGAGGGUGCACAAAAUCAACAACGUGAAUAAAGCCCUGGAUUUCAUCGCGAGCAAAGGCGUCAAGCUGGUCUCGAUAGGAGCCGAAGAGAUCGUCGACGGCAACGCCAAGAUGACGCUGGGCAUGAUCUGGACCAUCAUCCUCAGAUUCGCCAUCCAGGACAUCUCGGUGGAAGAGACCUCGGCCAAGGAGGGCCUGCUGCUGUGGUGCCAGAGGAAGACGGCUCCCUACAAGAACGUCAACGUGCAGAACUUCCACAUCAGCUGGAAAGACGGUCUGGCUUUCAACGCCUUGAUCCACCGGCACAGACCGGAGCUCAUCGAAUACGACAAGCUCCGGAAGGAUGACCCGGUGACGAAUCUGAACAACGCCUUCGAAGUGGCGGAGAAGUACCUGGACAUCCCCAAGAUGCUGGACGCGGAGGACAUUGUCAACACAGCUCGCCCCGACGAGAAAGCCAUCAUGACCUAUGUGUCCAGCUUCUACCAUGCCUUUUCGGGGGCUCAGAAGGCCGAGACGGCGGCCAACCGCAUCUGCAAAGUGCUGGCCGUCAACCAGGAGAACGAGCACCUGAUGGAGGACUACGAGAAGUUGGCUUCCGACCUGCUGGAGUGGAUCAAGCGCACCAUCCCUUGGCUGGAGGACCGCAGCCCCCAGAAGACCAUCCAGGAGAUGCAGCAGAAGCUGGAAGAUUUCCGCGACUACCGGCGGGUCCACAAACCCCCCAAAGUGCAGGAGAAAUGCCAGCUGGAGAUCAACUUCAACACCCUCCAGACCAAGCUCCGCCUGAGCAACCGACCCGCCUUCAUGCCCUCCGAGGGGAAGAUGGUCUCGGACAUCAACACGGGCUGGCAGCACCUGGAGCAGGCGGAGAAGGGCUACGAGGAGUGGCUACUGAACGAGAUCCGCCGGCUGGAGCGCCUCGACCACCUGGCCGAGAAGUUCCGGCAGAAGGCCUCCAUCCACGAGGCCUGGACCGAAGGCAAGGAGGCCAUGCUGAAGCAGAAGGACUACGAGACGGCCACGCUCUCGGACAUCAAAGCCCUCAUCCGGAAGCACGAAGCCUUCGAGAGCGACCUGGCGGCUCACCAGGACCGGGUGGAGCAGAUCGCCGCCAUCGCCCAGGAGCUCAACGAGCUGGAUUACUACGACUCGCCCAGCGUGAACGCGCGGUGCCAGAAGAUCUGCGACCAGUGGGACGUCCUGGGCUCCCUCACCCACAGCAGGAGAGAGGCCCUGGAGAAAACGGAGAAGCAGCUGGAAACCAUUGACGAGCUGCACCUGGAGUACGCCAAGAGGGCGGCCCCCUUCAACAACUGGAUGGAGAGCGCCAUGGAAGACCUGCAGGACAUGUUCAUCGUCCACACCAUCGAGGAGAUCGAGGGACUCAUCGCCGCUCACGACCAGUUCAAGUCCACGCUGCCCGACGCCGACAAGGAGCGGGAGGCCAUCCUGGGCAUCCAGCGGGAAGCGCAGCGGAUCGCCGACUUCAACAGCAUCAAGCUCUCCGGGAACAACCCCUACACCUCCGUCACCCCGCAGAUCAUCAACUCCAAGUGGGAGCGGGUCCAGCAGCUGGUGCCGAAGCGGGACCAUGCCCUGCAGGAUGAGCAGAGCAAGCAACAAUCCAACGAGCACCUCCGGCGGCAGUUCGCCAGCCAGGCCAACAUCGUGGGGCCCUGGAUCCAGACCAAGAUGGAGGAGAUCGGGCGCAUCUCCAUCGAGAUGAACGGGACGCUGGAGGACCAGCUCAACCACCUCAAGCAGUACGAGCAGAGCAUCGUGGACUACAAACCCAACAUCGACCUGCUGGAGCAGCAGCACCAGCUCAUCCAGGAGGCCCUCAUCUUCGACAACAAGCACACCAACUACACCAUGGAGCACAUCCGGGUGGGCUGGGAGCAGCUCCUCACCACCAUCGCCCGCACCAUCAACGAGGUGGAGAACCAGAUCCUCACCCGCGACGCCAAGGGCAUCAGCCAGGAGCAGAUGCAGGAGUUCAGGGCCUCCUUCAACCACUUCGACAAGGACCACGGGGGUGCCCUGGGCCCCGAGGAGUUCAAGGCCUGUCUCAUCAGCCUGGGCUACGACGUGGAGAACGACCGCCAGAAGCGCACGGGCAGCCUGGACACGGACGACUCCCGCGCUCUCCGUACCUCCGCGGGACACGGCCUGGGCGACGCCGAAUUUAACCGGAUCAUGAGCCUGGUGGAUCCCAACAACAGCGGCACCGUCACCUUCCAGGCUUUUAUCGACUUCAUGUCCCGGGAAACCACCGACACGGACACGGCCGACCAGGUCAUCGCCUCCUUCAAGGUCCUGGCGGGCGACAAGAACUACAUCACGGCGGAGGAGCUGCGGCGGGAGCUGCCCCCCGAGCAGGCCGAGUACUGCAUCGCCCGCAUGGCGCCCUACCGCGGCCCCGACGCCCUCCCCGGCGCCCUGGACUACAAGUCCUUCUCCACCGCCCUCUACGGCGAGAGCGACCUCUGAGAAACCCCCCCACAAACCCCCCCCCCAGCCACGGGCCGCGGGGGCACCAAGCGCUGGCGCUUCCCCGAAAACCCCCCCCCCACCUUGCUCCGCGCCCGCCGAAAACCCCCCCAGCCCCUGCGCGAGGGGCCACUGUCGGGUUUUUGGGGGGGG